AUGGGCGCCCCAAAGUCCCAAGAGAACAUCAACCAAAAGCUUGCCCUUGUUAUCAAGUCCGGUAAGUACACCCUUGGUUACAAGUCCGUGGUCAAGUCCAUGAGACAGGGUAAGGCCAAGUUGGUGAUUGUUGCUUCCAACACUCCAGUCCUCAGAAAGUCUGAGUUGGAGUACUACGCUAUGUUGUCCAAGACCACCGUCCACUACUUCCAAGGUGGUAACAACGAGUUGGGUACUGCCUGUGGUAAGUUGUUCAGAGUUGGUGUUUUGGCCAUUUUGGACGCUGGUGACUCUGACAUCUUGACCUCCCUUGAGGCUUAA